AUGGGCGUUCUAUCUGUGACACUGGAUGAAUGGACAGAUGAAGAUAUUGAGGCCAUGGUUGAAGUUGGAGGAAAUAGUUUUGCAAAUUCAAUCUAUGAGGCUCACAUUCCCGAAGGAGUUUCUAAGCCUGGCCCGGAUGCUAGUAUUCAACAACGUACACAAUUUAUUAGGUCCAAGUAUGAGCUUCAAGAAUUCUUGAAACCAAAUUUGAAGAUCUCAUCAAAGAAUUCACAAGCCGACACUCUCCAAGGAAGUCCAUCCAAAAAGAUGAGUUUUCGUGCUCCAAGUUCAGGUUCAAAUGCAAUACAGAAACCUGUAACUAUUGGACAUGUGAAGAUCACAAUUCUCCAAGGUGCAAAUCUUGCGGUCCGUGAUAUGUUGUCAAGUGAUCCGUAUGUUGUUGUUUCAUUAGGAGAGCAGAAGGCCCAAACAACUAUACAGAAGAGUAAUUUGAAUCCAAUCUGGAACGAAGAGUUGAUGCUUUCCAUACCUGAGGAUUAUGGCCCUAUUAAGCUGCAAGUUUUUGAUUAUGAUACAUUCUCUGCUGAUGACAUAAUGGGGGAAGCAGAAAUCGACAUUCAACCAAUGCUAACAUCUGCAAUGGCAUACGGGGACGCUUCACAAUUUGGGGAUAUGCAGAUAGGCAAGUGGUUGCAAUCACAUGACAAUGCACUGCUAGAAGAUAGCACAGUGAAUAUAAUUGACGGUAAGGUAAAACAGGAAGUAUCACUUCAACUGCAGAAUGUAGAGUCUGGGAUAAUAUAUCUUGAAGUAGAGUGGAUACCCCUUUAACAAUAACAUUACCAAUUUGUGUGUAUAGCUCUUUUGUUAUUCUGA